ACUUUGUUUUUAUACCCGUGAUGCUGACACCUAAGGGGAGGAGAGCGAAAGUCUGAGUUCUUCCGAAGAGAAGCUAAACAAAUACCUGGCUCGCUGGCUGGCUGGCUGGCUGGCUAACUUUCCUGACUCGCCAGUAACGAUCAAAUAUAAGUUCGGACGUUUUUGACAAAAGUAUUCGGAUCACAAAAAAGCACCUCUGCAAGAUAUCAAAUGGACUUGCUGUUGUAGUUUCAUUUUCAACCUUGCCCACUCUAUUUGCCUUUAGCUAACGUUAGCUAACGCUAGCUAUGUAACUGCCCGUUUGGGGAUUUUUCAGUGGAGUCUCUGUCGCAGCAAUUGCCAGCUAGCAACAGCGAGGAUUUCCCCUGUCCACUGUCAACUAACGAGUUGGCGAAUCAUUCCUUUGUAAUAACACGAAGCCAACGUUACUGCUCACAAUGGUUUUAAACUUAUUAUAGCUAGCCUACUCACAAGCUAACUGGACGAACAAACUAGCUGGUUGAAAUACCUGGAAAGGACAAGUGUUCCUGGAGUAGUUAACUUACUGUCACCAUGGGUUCAAAUUUCCAAGGCUUGUGAAGUAUUUAAAAGCCUCCAGAAACAAUGGUCGCUGAGGCAGAGUUGCAGAGUGACCGCUGAUUCCCCCCUAAGCCUGCCCUUUGAACCCCCCACUUACACCUGCCCUUUCAACCCUGAAUAUAAGACCUGUGUGCACUCCCCCACCCCAACCCCUCCUUUUCGCCUCUGACACCUCACCAUGUUGGAAGGACUGGUUGCCUGGGUACUCAACACCUACCUGGGCAAAUAUGUCAGCAAUCUUAACACAGACCAGCUCUCCAUUGCUCUGCUCAAAGGGGCAGUGGAGCUGGAGAACCUUCCUCUCCGACAGGAUGCCCUCCGAGAAUUUGACCUGCCCUUUGAGGUCAAAGCAGGCUUCAUUGGGAAGAUCACCCUCCAGAUCCCCUUCUACCGGCCCCACAGUGACCCCUGGGUCAUCUCCAUGUCCCAGCUGAAUCUGAUCAUUGGCCCCGCCCAGCCCCAGGACGCGGACGAGCAGCAGGAGAGGGAGAGAGAACGGGAGCGUAAGAGACAGCUGCUCCAGGCCCUGGAGGACAAAUGGAAGAGUGAAUGUGAACAGAAAGGAGAGUCUUACUGGUACUCUGUCACCGCCUCGAUUGUCACCAGAAUCGUGGAGAACAUUGAGCUGAAGAUUCAAGGGGUCCACCUGCGGUUUGAGGACAGCUUCUCCGUGCCCGAGAAGCCCUUCUCCUUUGGCGUGUGUAUAAAGAACGUCUCCGCGCAGAAUGCCUCCAAAGAGCCGGCGGAGAAGCUUCUGCGUCAGAAGCAACUGGAGAUCGAGGAGUUCAGCGUAUACUGGGAUACGCAGUGUUGCAUGCUGGGAGAUCUUCCUGCGGCUGAGAUCCAGGAAGCCAUGACCGCCUGCAUGCAGAGCCGCGAGCACCAGUACAUCUUUGAGCCGGUGUGCGCGUCCGUCCUGCUCCGGAGAAACGCCUCCAAAGAGCCCCUGAGAGCCCGCCACACCCCCCGCAUCGGGGGCCAGGUGCAGCUGGAGCCGCUGUCGCUGCGCCUGUCACAGGUCCAGUACCAGCAGAUCAUGGCCUUCCUGAAAGAGCUGGACCGCAGGGAGAGGGAGAUGCUGUUUCGCAAAUGGAAGCCCAACGUCCCGGUUUCUGGAAACUGUCGGCGGUGGUGGAUGUUUGCCAUCAACGCUAACAUGAGUGAAAUCCGGGAGCAGCGGCGACGAGAGAACUGGAGCUUUGCCCUUCAGCGCGCGCGGGAUGCCAAGCUCUAUACGCGCCUCUACUCCCAGAAACUCAAGGGCCUGCCCUUAAGCGCACAGGAGAAGGGGGAGCUGGAGAGGGUGGAGGACGAGCAGACCCUGGAGGAGCUGAAGUGCCUGAGAGAGAUCAUCCAUGACACCUUCCGCAAGCAACAGGAACUCGCAGAGAGUGUGAGAGACUCCAUCUCAGACCCCUCCCUGUGCUCGCCCUCUGGAUCCAUCCCAAAGAGCAGCAGUUCUGGUAUGAUCCAGUACCUGCAGUCGUGGUUCCCCGGGUGGGGUGGCUGGUACGGGGGGCCCCAGGGCCCUGUGAUGGGGCCAGAUGAGCUCCUGCGAGAUCCGGGCACGUGGGAUAUACUGGCUGAAACAGAAGAGCUCUUUGAUCCUUUGGAGGACUCCCAGAGCCUCAACACCUUCACUAGGAGGGACCACCUGUUCGCCCGGCUGGACUUCCUGCUGGAGAAGGCCUCCGUCACUCUCUUCCACCAGGACAGGAAGGGAGCCACGCCCCAUGAGAGUGGGGUCAUUCAGCUGGAGUUCUCAGGGGUGAAGAUUGGGGUGGAGUCCCUGCCUCGCUCCGAGUCGUCACUGCUCUCGGUGAAGCUGGGGGGGCUGUUCCUAAGAGACCUCACCACCCAGGGGACCAUCUUUCCUGUUCUCGUCUCCCCAAAGCCGGACAAGACGGCUGUGGGCAUUAAUCAGCCAUUUGGACAGCCCAGUGCCACGGAAUCCUCAAACCCAGCCCCCAGUACGGAGACGUCGGGGUCGCCCGUCUUCGAGAUGAUAUACGAACGCAAUCCAGCCAGGAGUAAAUUCGAGAGACGCCUUGAGGUCAACACAAGCCCCCUCAAUAUCGUCUACAACCCCCAGGCUAUUAAGAAAGUGUCUGACUUCUUCUACAAAGGCAGAGUCCACACCUCAGGUUUUGGAUACCAGUCAGAGCUGGAGCUGAGGGUAGCGGAGGCUGCCAGGAGACAGUAUAAUAAGCUGAAAAUGCAAACCAAGGCAGAAAUCCGGCAGACCAUCGACCAGCUGCUUGUGGGGGAGUUCAUAGAGAACAGCAAACGUUGGACUAUGAGGCUGGACGUCUGUGCUCCACAGGUGGUCUUUCCAGAUGACUUCCACACAGAGGACCCCAUGCUGGUGGUGGUGGACUUGGGCCGUAUUCUCCUCACUAAUUCUCAAGAAGACCCCAAAAUAAAAUCAAAGAUGGCACAGUCCGAAGGGGAUGAGUUUAGCGAUGAAGAAUACCAGACUCCACUGGCCACACCCCCGGGGUCCCCUCCUCCUGAGCCUGAGACAGAGUUCAAAGGUCAGGAGAAGAGCCCUGAGUUGUCCAGCUCUCUGCCCUACUGCCCUAACCUGUAUGAGAAGUACUCCCUGUCCUUCAAAGACCUGCAGAUCAUGGUGGGCCGAUACCGGGACAACUGGAAGCACCUGCAGGAGAGUGAAGUGGGCCCCACCCAUGUGGUGGAGAAGUUCAAUGUGCUGCUGCAGCUGGAACAGAGGCUGCGCUACACCUCUGACCCCCAGCUACCUGGGGCUGUUCUCUCCGGAACCCUCCCGGACCUCAAGGUGCACAUCAACCUGGAGAAGAUGACUGCUCUGCGGAGCUGCCUGACCCGUCUGGGGAGCCCGGGGCCGGGGGAGGACGGGGACCUAGCGGGAGGGGAGAACGCCCGGACACCUGACCCACUAACGCUACGGCACGAGAAGAUCUUCCAGCGAGACGACAGCCAGUGGAAGCUGCAGGGCUCCACUAAGAACCUGGCUCAUAGUGUGCAAACGCUGGAGCAGCACACGCGGGAGGUGCUGGUGGAGUCCAGGCUCCUCUUGGCUGAGUUCAACAUCAACUACAUGCAGCUGGGGGUGGAGAGUGGCGGCCGCUACAUUUCCGUGCUCAAGGUGUUUGGCACCAAUGCCCAUUUUGUCAAACGACCUUACGACGCAGAGGUUUCCCUCACUGUCCACGGCCUCCUCCUGGUGGACACCCUGCAGACCUAUGGUUCCGACUUCGACCUCCUGGUGGCCUCCCACAAGCACCUCAGCUUCGACGUGCCUACAGGGAGCCUCCGAGAGAGCCAACCCAGCUCCCCUGUCUCUCCUGAACACAAACUCCCUGAGAUGACGAACCUUCGCAGAGAAUCGCCCCCUGGGCUGUCCUUCGAAAAGGUCUCCCCCUCCAGUUCGUUUCUCAAAGAUCAGGACGCCCUCAUCAAGCUGGAGUACCAGUUUGUCAGCUCUGACUGUCCCUCCAUGAACCUAGACAGCUCUCUCCAGGUGACCUCCAUGCAGGUGAACAACCUGGACAUAAUCCUGAACCCGGAGACUAUGGUGGAGCUCCUCAAGUUUCUCCAGAAGUCCUUCCCGAAAGAAGAAAGUAGCUUGACGCCCCCGACCCAGCAGCAGUCCUUCCAGCCGGAUGCAGGUGGCCCAGAUGAGAUAUUCCAAUCCACAUAUGACCAGAACACAGAGGUCACCGUGGAGAUCCACCGACUGAACUUGUUGCUCCUUCGCACAGUUGCCACGGGAACUGUCCUUGGUGGUGAGAAGAGGGGCAUGAAGAUCGCCACGGCCAGCAUCAAUGGUACCAAGGUCAAUGUGUCCAUGGGGAGCCGCUUGGAUGUCAAUGGCUCCCUUGGGUGCAUCCAAUUAGUUGACCUGACGCAGGAGGGAGGGAGGAGCCAAUUUGUGGUCAGUAUCGGGAAUGUGGAGGACCUCCCCAGUGCUGGGGGUGUUGCUUUCUUCAGGGAGACACCCUCUGAAGCUUUGAACUUCCACCUACUGGAGAAGUCCCAGGGGGAGUGCUCCCUACGGCUGCACAUGGCCUCCUUGCAUUACAAUCAUUCGGCUAAGUUUCUGAAAGAGCUUAGUCUCUCCGCCAACGAAGUGGAGGACAACUUCCGCUCCAUGCUGAAGUGCGCGGCCACCAAGGUCUCCACCGUGCUGGCCACCAAGACAGCUGAGUACAGUGGUAUGGUAUCAAUCUUCGAAACCCCAUCCAGGAGAACAAGGACGACACAAAGUCCGAGUCACUGGGCAUACCCCUUUGAGGAUGAAGAGGAUCUGAUCAUCCCAGAGAAGGAGCCAAGCAUGGACUCCUUUAUGGUCAAAUUGACCCUGAACGUCAGCAUCGAUUCUCCUGUAGUUUCCAUCCCUCGUAAGCCCGGUCACCCCGAGCUUCUCGUUGGCCAUUUGGGGAGCAUUACCAUUCAGAACUUUGUGGCUGGUCAGGACAGCUCGGAGAGGGAGAAGCUGCAGGUGGAGGUGAAAGACAUCCGGCUGUACUCCCUCAACACCAGUCACCUGGUCUCGCGCAAGACCGCGCGGGCCGACUCUAGCUCCUCCUCCUGCUUCUCGCCCUCCCACAGUGGGAGCGUCAGCAAGGAGGAGCCGCAGUUCACUCGCCAUGACUUCUUUGAUUACCUGAGUCGUGGCAAAGCCUUUCACAUCCUGAAAGACACCACCAUUCAGUUCACGCUGGAGAAAGUGCCCCUGGAUGAGGAUACACAGUUCACUUUUCUCACUUGUGAUGACCCUUUUAACAGCUCUGGUUUAUUGAAAGUGGAUGGAAAAUUUGUCAACGCUGUACAGGUGUUUCUGGCCAAGUCAGUGUACGAACAGGUGCUGCAAACCUUGGACAAUCUCUCUUUUAUUGAUGAGCAGCGGGUGACGCCCAGCCUGCCCCCAACCCCACCUCCGCCCACCCCCUCCUCCACCAAACCACACCGCUUCCCAGACCCCCAGGGCGGGCUCUUCGCUCGGGACCCACCUCUAGCAGGACUGUCGUACGCCUCCCUCUCCUCCUCUCUCUCAGCCCCCUUGCCCCUGCAGGCCCACAGCCCCCCCCACCUGGUGCCGUCCUUCACCCAGGUGAGGGCCACCUUCUGUGUGUCGGAGCUGCAGGUGCACCUGAGUGCGGACCUGAGCCAGGGGGCCCAGGGGCUGGUCAGCCUGCGCUUCCAGGACCUUCAGGGAGACUUCUCCAAGGACCACCCCCACUCGCUGGCCGUCCAGCUGACCCUCCGCUCCCUGCUGAUGGAGGACCUCCUGGAGCCCAACCCGGACUCCAAGUACAAGCAUCUCAUGGUGUCUCGGGGGGCCCCAAAACCCUCCACCUUCAGUCCCAAGGAGUACCUCUCUCAGUCCUGCCCGUCGUCCUCCAACGCGCUGUACCCCGACAUGCCGCGCUCCCUCCCGGCCCACAUGGAGGAGGCGCAGAACGUCUUUCAGUUCUACCAGAGGCACCCCAGCACCCCGGCGGCCGGGGGCCGGAAGAGCAAGAAAGACCCGGAGUGCCCCAGCACUCCUCCGCCCUCCCCCACCCGUAACACCCCGUCCCCGCACCCGCCCCCCGACUUCGACGACUCCCUCGUCCACAUCAACGUUCUGCUGGUGGACCGGCACCACCCGGAGUUCGUUACUCGCUAUGGCAGCGUGGGCCGCAGCGUGGAUGUAGACUUCAACUGCCUGGACGUCCUCAUCACCCUGCAGACCUGGGUGGUCAUCCUCGACUUCUUCGGCAUCGGCUCCACCGCCAACAACCACGGCGUCAGGGUCUCCUGCUCCUCCCCACAGUCCAUUCCUGGACACCCGGUGCUGUCCCCCGACCCGGACGAUCUGGGCAGUCUCUACCCUGAGAGUGAGGAGGAGUCCAUCGAGCCCGUCAACACCAAACUGGACCUGAAGGUACAUUCCCUGACCCUUGUGCUCAACAAGAAAACCAAUGAGCUGGCAAAGGCUAGUGUCUCCAAACUGGCUGCCCACAUGGAGAUUAUUGAGGGAGACUUGUCACUGCAGGGAAGUCUGGGUAGUCUGUCUCUCAGUGACCUCACGCCACAUGGCGACCUGUACAGGGAGCGCUUCACUACCCGCGGUGGAGAGGCCCUUGUCUUCAACAUCCACAAGUACGGUGAAGCCGACCCUUACCUGGAGCGUGAGUACGACAUAAAGCUGUCCCUGCAGAUGGCGUCUGUGCAGUACGUCCACACCCAGCGCUUCCAGGCCGAGGUGGUGGCCUUCAUCCAGCAUUUCACCCAGCUGCAGGACGUUCUGGGCAGGCAGAGGGCUGCAGUCGAGGGCCAGGCUGUGCGGGAGCGGGCGCAGAGGGCGUCGCGGGUGCUGCUGGACAUCGAGGCGGGCGCCCCCGUGCUCCUGAUCCCCGAGAGCUGGCGCUCGCCGCGCCUCAUCGUGGCCAAUCUCGGCCAGCUGCGCGUCCGCAACUGCUUCCUGUCGGCGGGCACGCACGGCACCUUCUCCCUCAGAGACAAGGUAGAGAAACUUACCAUGGUACAUGCCUUUAUCCCCUCUCUGGACCGCGUGAGGGAUGCUGCUUCGGCCCGCCCGGGGAGAGAGGAGCCGCCCGCGGGGAAGGCCAGAGCUGGGGCCUCGGGCCCCCCAGGCCCCGGCUUCACGCUGGGCCGACCCCAGCCGGCUAUGGGCCGGAUUCCUGAAGUCAAUGUGCCUCUUAGUCCAGAGGAGCACGUGUGUCUGCUGGACUGCAUAACUGUGGACCUGCAGGAGAUGGACAUAUUUGCGGCGGAGCGGUUGCCGUGUGAACCGUGGGACGGUCCGGAGCAGCAGGCGGACGGCGACCUGCUCUUCCCGUCCUUCGCCGUGCGCCGCACGGGGGGCAACCUGCUGAAGGAGCGCUGUCGCCUCACGCUCAAGGUGGAGAGGAACCUGGACAAAGAGUUGAGCCAUGCGAUACCGGACAUGACCAUCCACGGGAGCCUGUCGUCCGUGCACUGCUCCCUGGACCUGGACCGGUACCGGCUGAUCCGCGGGCUCCUGGAGAACAACCUGGGCGAGCCCGUGGAGGAGUUCCUCCGACCCUAUAACCUGCAGGACCCCAGCACCUAUACGGUAUUGAGUGGCGAUGUCUACACCAGCCUCUCCUUCCUUGUUGACAUGAUGAAUGUCAGUCUGGAGCUGCACGACACGCCCAGUUCCACUGGCCAGAAGCAGUCUUUGGCCAGGUUUGACUUCAUGAAAUCCAAGCUGCUGUUUGAGAGUUUCUCCAACGGGUCCAAGUCUGUGAACCUGGUGUCUCACUCUCUCCUGGCGUAUGACACGCGGUACAGUGGGCAGGGCUGCAGCGCGGAGAGCAAGCAGAACGCCUUCGACUGCAUCCUGCAGCCUUCCAGAACCGGAACCAACCGGGCCACUCUUCAACUGGAGCUGCACUACAGGUCAACCCGCGAUUCCUCCUGCUUCACCGUGGUCCUCAACAACCUCCGAGUCUUCCUGAUCUUCGAUUGGCUGCAGCUGGUGCGGGACUUCCUGCGGUUGCCGGCGGAGAAGGGCGCGGCCCCGCCCAGGCAGCGCUGGCCGAGCGGCAGCAGCGACCCGGGCGGCGCCACGGGCGCGGUCAUGCCCAAGACCGUGAAGAGCGGCGUGGUGACCAAGAGGUCGACCGUGCCCGUCACUCUAGAGCGACACCUGGAGGUGAAGAUUAAUGUGACAGGCACAGAGUUCGUGGUGGUUGAGGACUCCUCCUCUCUGGACACUAACGCCAUCAUCCUGAAAGGCACCACUGUGCUGACCUACAAGCCCCGCCUCCUGGACCGCCCCUUCUCCGGCAGCCUGGCCGGCAUCGAGGUGUUCUCGUGCCGGCUGGGCAGCGAGCAGGAGACGGCGCUGUCAAUCAUCGACCCGGUUAACGUGCAGGUGGAGCUGUGCGGCAGCCCCACCUACCAGAGCAGCUCCGGACUCCUGGACGCCUUCAACAUGGAGGACUUCCCCCCGCUGUUGGAGAUCCAGUUCCCAGCUCUGGAUAUCCGUCUCUCCUACAAUGACGUCCUGCUCUUCCUGGCCAUCGCCAAGUCCAUCCCCACGUCAGGAUCUCCGAGCACCGAAGAUCCCUCUGCCAGCUCCCAGACAGGCACAUCCUCGGCCAACCCCGACACCAUCGCCUCUCAGAAGGACCUUUUCAGGCACAAGACUGAGGCCUUGCUGGAGGGUCAGCUGUCCCGGCUGCAGGACCUGGGCUUCAGACAGGAAGACUGCAAGCGAGCCCUCAUCAACUGUAAAGGGCAACUGGACCAGGCUGCUACAUGGCUCCUAGAGAACGCUGAAGCUAUGACAUCAUACUCAGGGGGCGGGGCUGAAUCUGGCUCAGCCAGCCACAAUGCCCCGCCCCUGUCAGGAGUGGAAGUGAAGGCGGAGAGCGUGUGCAUCUGCUUCAUCGACGACUGCUUGGACUGUGACGUACCUCUGGCCGAGCUCACCUUCUCUCGUCUGUGUGUUCUGCAGCGCAUUGGGUCCACGCAGGAGGGAAAUGCCAGUUUCACGCUGUCGGGAGAUUACUACAACAGAGAGCUCUCAGGUUGGGAGCCGUUCAUCGAACCCUGGCCCUGCUUCCUCAACUGGCAGCAGCAGGCCGCGGGACGCCUCCACCCGCCCCGCCUCAAAAUGGGGAUCCGAGCCAAGCAGAGACUGGACAUCAACAUCACCUCCGUGCUACUGGAGCAGUACAGCACCACCAAGCGCUCCUGGCUUGCCGAUUACUGCAAGGAGAAGGUGGAGGAGCCUCCGACCCCGUCGGCCGCCGCCCUGUCCUGGAUGGGGUCAUCAGUGGACCCGCCCUCUUUUGGCCAGAGUCUCCCUCUCAGCUGCCUUAGAACUAGGAGCUCUGCCAGCUUGACUUGCCUCGAGCAGCAGAUUCAUGCCAGAGCGGACGUGAAGCUGUCCAAGAGGAGGCAGCCGUUUGUGCCGUACGCCCUGCGCAACCAUACCGGCUGCACCAUGUGGUUCGCCACCCUCACAACCACGCCCACGAGGGUGGCGCUGUCUCACAGUGGCAGCGCUGACUCCAUAUCGGACACGCACGGCCCCGGUACGGAUGACACCCACAACGUGAGCCAGUGGAGGGAGGUGUUGCCAGGGGAGGAGAUUCCCUUUGAGUUUGAGGCUCGAGAGAAACUCAGACACAGACACACCCAUGAGCUGAAGCUGCACCAGCUGCUGGUUCGUGUGGGGGGGUGGGAGCAGGUGAAGCCAGUCUCAGUGGACAAAGUGGGCGUGUUCUUCCGAUACGCUGCCCCCGACCGCAACAACCCCUCCAGCACGGUUGGAAGCCCCAUCAGCAGGACCAAUAUCAUCCAUCCACAUGUAUACUUCUCUGCCCUGCCCCCUGUGAGGGUGGUGUUCUCCAUCACCAUGGAGGGCAGCGCCCGCAAGGUCAUCACUGUGCGCUCCGCCCUCAUGGUCAAGAACCGGCUCGAGGUUCCCAUGGAGAUACGUCUGGACAGCCCAUCAGCUCCAGACAAGCCUGUGGUCCUGCCUCCCAUCCUGCCUGGGGAAGCCCAAGCUGUGCCCCUGCACUUAACUUCCUGGAGACUACAGGCCCGGCCCAAAGGCCUGGGGCUGUUCUUCUGCAAGGUGCCCAUCCACUGGACCAGUGUGGAGAAGCCUGGAGAGGUCAACAGCAGCAAGAGGGAGUGCCAGUCCACCGACUUUGACGACCACCCCAAACGCAGCUUCAGGUUUUGUGUGGUCAUAAAGAAGGAGAACUACCCCGAACAGCAGCCCGCCAAGACUGUGUCGGGUGGCCCCCAGCAGAUUUACCGCCAGCCGGGGCACACCAUCUACCUGCUGCCCACUCUAGUGCUGGCCAACCUGCUGCCAUGUGACUUGAACUACUACAUCAAGGGCACCUCCAUCAAGGGCUCCAUGAAGCCGGGAAAAGAGGCCGUGCUCCACGCCGCAGACACGUCUCAGAACAUGGAACUGGGGGUGCUGCUGGAGAACUUCCCUGUGUGCAAGGAGCUGCUCAUCCCUCCCGGGACCCAGAACUACGUGGUGCGAAUGCGGCUGUACGACGUCAACAAGCGCCUGCUGUGCCUCACAAUCCGCAUCGUCCUCCGAGCCCAGGGGGCGCUCAAGAUCCUCAUCUCCGCCCCCUACUGGCUGAUCAACAAAACAGGGCUACCGCUGAUUUUCCGACAGGACAAUGGGAAGUCCGACGCCGCCGGUCAGUUUGAAGAGCAUGAGCUGGCCAGGAGCCUGAGCCCCCUCCUCUUCUGUUACACGGACAAAGAGCAGCCCAAUAUGUGCACCAUGCGGAUUGGGAAGGGGAUCCACCCAGACGGGGUCCCGGGCUGGUGCCAGGGCUUCUCUCUGGACGGGGGCAGAGGAGUGAGGGCAGUCAAAGUUAUCCAGCAUGGGAACAGACCUGGACUCAUCUACAACAUAGGCAUCAACGUGAGGAAGGGAAAGGGGCGGUAUCGGGACACCCACAUCGUGACCUUUGCCCCCCGCUAUCUCUUGGACAACCGAUCUUCCCACAAACUGGCCUUUUCACAGCGAGAGUUUGCAAGAGGAAAGGGCACAGAGAACCCGGAGGGGUACAUUUCCACCCUACCCGGGUCCAGCGUGGUCUUCCACUGGCCCCGGAACGACUACGACCAGCUGCUCUGCGUGCGACUCAUGGACACCCAAAACUGCACCUGGUCCGGGGGCUUCGAGGUCAACAAGCCCAAGUCCUUCCACGUAAACAUGAGGGACACUCUAGGCAACUGCUUCUUCCUGCGAGCUGAGAUCGCUCUCAAGGGUGCAACUUACCAGAUUUCCUUCUGUGACACGGACCAGCUUCCCCCGCCCUUCCGCAUCGACAACAUCUCUGAGGUGCCCAUCCAGUUCUGGCAGCACGGCGUGGCGGACAUGCGGCUGCACACGGAGGUGAAGGCGGGGUCGGUGCUGGACUACGCCUGCGACGAGCCCAUCCUGCCCCCGUACCUCACGCUCAUGGUCAAGGGGGCGGGGUCGUCCGAGGUCACCGCCGACAUGAACUUCUUCAGGGAGUACAACAAGCUGUACUACGAGAACUUCAUCUACAUCGCCGCCACGUACACCUUCUCCCAGGAUGCUGGGAGGCGGCCGGUGGGUAAGAAACGGGAUGUGAGCUGCGCAGAGCUGGUUCUGGACGUGGAGACCAAGACGCAGAGAGUCAUCCUGAAGAAGAAGGAACCUGGGAAGCGCUCGCAGCUGUGGAGGAUGACAGGCUCCGGAAUGCUCUGCCACGAAGGCUCCUCCCCCCCGCAGAACAAGCCUGCCCAGCCACGCCCCCUUGACUCCUCCCUCGUCCUGGACAUCGCAGGAUUGGCUGCUGUUACUGAUAACAGUUAUGAGCCCCUGAUGUUGAGGAGGCCCGACUCACGGCGCAGCACCACCCAGACCUGGCACUUCAGCUCCGGCAUGCUGACCUGCGGCCUGCCCAGACUGGUGGUGCAGGUGAAAGGUGGGAUUUCGGGGCUGUUUGACGGGGCGGAGGUGGUCCUGGGGCCGGACUCUGCGCUGCUGGAGCUGACGCCUGAGCAGCAGUUUAUCAAUCAGAAGAUGCGGCCUGGCUCCGGGGUUCUGUCUGUCCAGGUCCUCCCUGACGGACCCACCCGAGUUCUACAGAUCAGCGACUUAAACCAGCGGCGUAUAAACCGCACCUCCCCCAGCACAGAAGAGGACAAGGACAGCAAGCAGAAGAAGGUUCCGGAAGAGGAGCUAGAGCUGCUGGUGAACCUGGAGGAGGGAGUGGGGAUCUCCCUGGUCAACAAGCUGCCCGAGGAGCUGGUGUUCACCACCCUGUCCGGCAUCGACGUCCACUUCACCCGCACCGCCGCCAGCGAGGUUCUGGAGCUCAGCGUGCAGAACAUCCAGGUGGAUAACCAGCUCCUGGGCACCACCCAGCCGGUGAUGCUGUGCGUGACGCCCAGCUCCAGCGAGAGCAGCACCGUGGAAACAGGCCCCGCCCUGGAGGUGAACGCUGUGAAGGUGCCCAGCAGCCUCAUGCUGACUGACCUGUUCAAGCACCUGAUGGUCACGGCUCGGCGGUUCACGGUCAUCAUCGAGGAGAAGCUCCUGCUGAAGCUGCUCAGCUUCUUCGGUUACGGCCAAUCGGAGCCAGAAAUGGAGAAGCUGGAUGAGAGUCUUUAUGAGAAGCCCAGCGAGGACGGGGGGGCUCUGAAGCGGUACUACUUUGAGAACCUGAAAAUCAGCCUGCCCCAGGUCAAGCUGAGCGUCUUCACCUCGCACAAGCUCCCUCCAGACCUGAAGGCCCUGAAGGGGACCCUGGGAAUCCUCCUCAUCCGGUUCGAGGACGCUGUCAUCAACAUGUAUCCCUACACCCGGGUGCACCCGUACGAGACGCAGGAGAUCAUCAUCAACGACGUGCUGAAGCACUUCAGAGAGGAGCUGAUCAGUCAGGCGGCUCAGAUUCUGGGGUCGGUGGAUUUCCUGGGGAACCCCAUGGGUCUCCUCAAUGACGUCACCGAAGGCGUUUCUGAGCUCAUCAAGUACGGCAACGUGGGCGGGCUCAUCCGGAACGUCACGCACGGGGUCUCCAACUCGGCCGCCAAGUUUGCAGGAACCUUGUCAGACGGUCUUGGAAAGACCAUGGACAACCGGCACCAGAGCGAGAGGGAGUACAUCCGUUACCAUGGAGCCACCAGCGGGGAGCACCUGGUGGCCGGGAUCCACGGACUGGCUCAUGGCAUCAUUGGUGGCCUCACCAGCGUCAUCACAUCCACGGUGGAGGGCGUCAAGACUGAGGGCGGGGUCAGUGGCUUCUUCUCUGGCCUGGGGAAAGGCCUGGUCGGCACGGUGACCAAACCGGUGGCAGGAGCCUUGGACUUUGCCUCGGAGACGGCCCAGACCGUCCGGGACAUGGCCAGCCUGAGCAACCACAGGCUGAGUGUGCAGAGGGUGAGGAAGCCGCGCUGCUGUAAGGGGCCUCAGGGUCUGCUCCCGCGCUUCUCCUCCUCCCAGGCUGACGGACAGGAGCAGCUCUUCCGCCUGACCGACAGCAUCCACUCCGAGUUCUUCAUCGCCGUGGAGCCCAUCGACACGUACUGCGUGCUCAUCUCCUCCAAGGUGGUGUACUUUCUGAAGCCGGGAGAGUACGUGGACCGCGAGGCCAUCUUCCUGGAGGUCAAGUACGACGACCUCUACCACUGCCUGGUCUCCAAAGACCACGGGAAGGUGUACGUGCAGCUGACUAAGAAAGCGGAGAGCACCAGCAGCGGCGUGGCCAUCCCAGGCCCCUCCCACCAGAAGCCCAUGGUUCACGUGAAGACCGAGAGCCUCGCCAUCAAAAUCUCUCAAGAAAUCAACUACGCCAAGAGCCUGUACUAUGAGCAGCAGCUGAUGCUGCCGCCCAAUGAGACUGAAGAUUACCUGCUGCUGGACUCCUAACCGACCAAUCGGAGGGCAGCCAGGUUUCUCUUCUGUGCAGGAACUAAUUAGCCAAUGGUGGCAUCUCCUGAAGGUAUCUAGAGAACAGUCGAUAUGAAAGAGAAAUGGAAAAUGACGAAACCUACGAAGGGUUAUUGCAAGGCACUUUAUUUGGAAUGAAAAGUAAUGUGUCCACGCAUCAUGCAGGUCCCAAGAAGCACAGUUGUAAAAUAUAAAAAUAUGCACCUAGUAUUAUUUUAUCAGGUUCUGUACGUGUAAAACAGAAUAAGAGAGUACUAUAAAGAUAUUUUAUUUUACAGAGAUGUUUAUAAAAUUGCUGGUUUGUGUGGGAAUAUAUACAUACAUUGGUAGUGUUAUGAUUAGACGCCCUUACAUGUACACAGACGUGUAUAUACACACAUGCGCAUAUGCACACAGAUUGACACAGUAUGUAUAUACACAGAUAGCAGUGUAACACUACCAGUCGUGUACAUAGCGAGAAUGGAGGUUUAUAUGAAGUUAAAUGGGUUGUGGAAUGCUGUAUAAAACUGCCUUUAAUUAAAAUGCGCUAUAUAUUUUUUUUCUUUGUGUAUAAAAUAUUGGCUAGUUGGAGCCGUAAAAUAAAUUGCACUGAUUCUGAUGUGGGAGACACUGCAGCUGCUCUUGCCACUAAUAUAAGUAAUCACACGAACACACACACACACACACACACACACACACACACACAGACACUCUGAGACCCCACAGUAGACCAUGUGAUGGGUGUGUGCAUAGCUUUUUUUUUUUUUUUUCCUUCAGGGGUCAUGAGACCCAGACAUCAAAAACACUAGGCCUUCGUAUUCAUCUGGAUUGUUGGACUGAAAACUGCGAAUGGAAUGUUGUGAAGCACAUUAGCGUAACAUGCUAACUUAUCUCCUCUGCUAAAACACCAGUGCUCCGCAGUAUCUACAUUUUGUGCCUUUCAUUAACGCAGCGAGACAUUUUGGGCUGGAUCACACCAAAAAAAAAACAAAAACACUUUGCUACUUUAGAGCCUUUAGACAAAAUGAGAAUUAGAUCGUGUUCGUUUCAGGUCUUCCCCUGCCCUGGCAUACACUGGCCUCCCAGAGUCACGCGUGAUGUAAGUUUGCCGGUACAGACAUCCUGGCGUUUCGUUAGAUAACGCGUGCUGGCAGUGCUAUCAGUUAGACCGCUCUGCAGCAGUCAGGACCGCACACCCCAGCACAGCCCUCUUCACUGUGCUCCCUGACGCAGGCUUCGCCAGCUCCAGAGAGGCGCGCGGCGUUCCUCUCCCUUAAAGGAGUCGCCAGCCGGCGGCACGGGCCGUCGGCGGGCGAGUGAAGGAAGGGCUCCUGGGAGUGUUUGUUUUUAAAGCAGCAGAGGACCUUCAGCGCACACCCCCUCUCUUUGCUCUGCGCUUGUUAAAACGGUAAAGGAAUGCAAAUAUUUGAUUCCAGAGCCCGCUCCGGAGGGUAUGAAUGCCAAGCACAUUCUCACCCUAACCCCCCCUCAUUCUUUCCUGAAGCUCAAGGAUUACUGCAGUUUAGCUGCACGGGACUGGAGAACUGUGAUCAUUUGGGCGCUCCCCCACACGUGAAUGGGCCACAGUGGCUGCCAGAUGAACUUUAUUAGCAAUAACAGUAAGCUCAUCAUCGCGUCCGUUUGGUCAUCUUUAGCUUUUGCUUAAGUGCUUCCAAGUGACCGUCUCUAUCUGGCAUGAGGAAAAGAUUUCAUGAGAAUAUUCGCAGGCAGUUUCGGAAUGUUCCGUUUCAGAAGUUAUAUUUAACUUUUUUUUAUAUAUUUAACACCCCAACCCCACAUUCACCCCUGCCCCAACCCUGAAGGGACACCCCCCCUGCCUCCACCCCUGCCCCUGCCCCUGAAGGGACACCCCCCCUGCCUCCGCCCCUGCCCCUGCCCCUGAAGGGACACCCAGUCCUCACUUAUCUAACUGAUGACCCAUUUCUGCCUCCUCUCCCCUGAUCUCCCACUGCUGUCUGCACAACUGUGUCUUCUGGGUUCACCAGAGUUCAGCACAGUUACGCAACCUACCAGGAAACAAUUUGGCAAUAAAUUAACUGCCUUGGAAGGUCCGGCAGGGAAUUGGCACUUUGAUGGCUUCAGAAGAGGGCCUCGCAUUCUCUCCCAGCUCCUAACCCAACGCCCGACAGCUUUAUAAAUAACCUGAGACGUUAAAAACACAGCGUGAGUUAUGUUUCUCCCACACAUCUCUCUCCCUCCCUCUCUCACUGUUUGCCUUGUCCUCUAGCUAAAGGGGAUCUUUGUUUUUUUAGGGGUUUUUUCACCCCUCCCUCCCUCUCUCUGUCUCUGAUUCCAGAAUCAGACCUUGCCUUUGUAAUGCAAGGGUCUUCACAACAGUAACUCAGUUACACUCACAGGCGCAAGUCCCGCCCCCUGUGAUGAUGGGUCAGGUUGACAGUUUUCAUGGGGCUGCAUGGGGGAGUUUGCUGUGGCGCUGGUGCAGCAGGGUGUUGAACGCCUGUCUGUAGGCUGGAGGCUUAACGUGUGCGACACUCAGACGUCCCGCUUCAUUGCAAUUGGGAUUCAGACGCUAGAGGAAAGGCCCACACUGCCAGGCGUCUUGAGCGAUGAGCGUCGCCGUUCCGUGUCACACGCGUGCCGCGCGUUGCUCUUACGCGAUUACUCACCAGCCCCCGCUUCCCUGUGGCGGGAUGACCCCCCUCCUCUCGGGUCGGAUUUUCCCCCCGCCGCCGCCCGGGACGCCCCUCGCGUUUCGGCAGAGGCGUCAGCGAGAGGCCGGCUUUGUCCCGCCCGCGUAGCGAUGGCUGAGCACGCCGCGUUUGAAACGCUCUCCCUGUACCUGAGACCGGAGUCCUUCCCCUGAACUCUGCAGUGCUGCAGCUCAGCGCUGGCGCUCGAACCCCUGACCUACAUACGCGAGCACAUGACUCUGUGCAUAAGGGAAUCCAACUGGAAACCAGGGGGGAAGCUGACUCAUGUAUUUACGUAGCUCUUUAGAUCCCUCUGUACAAAGAAUAAGGAACAUGAGACUUGGGGGAUUUUUAUUUUUUUCUCACCAAAGGAAAUAUGAAGAAGUGAAUCCAUGAUCUCUCCAUAAAGGGACUGCAGAUUGAGGCUUUUUUAAUCACUAAAAGGAACUGCCACUCAGCUAACCAUGUUGUACACUAGUUAGGGACGUACUCAACACACACUGAAGCUCGCUGCUUUGUAGAAACGGUGUACAGAAGUCGUCGUCGUCAUGCUAACGGAAAGAGUCUCAACACUGACCCACUUUUCAGCCAAGUUUGUGUGUCCAAGUCUACUGAUUUAUGUGAAAAAUGGAAAAUGAUAAUCUUGUGUUUUCUAUGGUUUUAAAGUGUACAUAUUAUAACGCUUGAUAAUAAAAUGAAGUGUCUAAGG